CAGAAAACACCAGAUCAUUUCCUUUGUUAAAGUCAAUGAUAGGCGCCCGUGUGGUUGCGGUUGGCAUCACUCUCCUCUCUUUGACCAAAGCGAUGACCUCCUUGGCAGGAAUGACAUCCACCGAACCUCCGGCUUUGUACGCAUCAGCCAGCCGAGAUGCGCGCACUAGCAGCACUCAGCGGACGCUGCAGAGGCUCGUGGCGGUGCCCGGGUCCGAGCCGAGCCGAGUCAACGACCUGCUGCUCCUGCGGCCUGAUGCGGAGGAGGGCCGGGACGCCUCAGAACCGUGGGACGGGAACAGGCAUGUCGUGUUUUUCCACGGGGACAUUCAGAACUUCCAGGAGGAGAUGGCGGUGCAGCCUGAGGGGGCCCAGUGGCUGAUCUGGAGUCUGGAGCAGGUGGCGCUCACCCUGGGCCGUCGUUUCCCAGACAGAUACGUGUGGGUGGUCAGAGCCUCUCGCAUGUAUCUGCACAAAUUCAGCUGCUACCACAACUUUGUGGAGAGCAACAUGUUCGGAGCACCAGAGCACUUGCCAUACUCAGUGGACUUUGGAGCAUUUCACCACCUCAGGUCCCUGCUGGCCCACGCCAUGGAACGAGCCCACCUCCCUCACCCCCUCCAGCCACAUGGAGGAGCUGACGGCAUCCCAUCAGGCUUUUCUCUGACCUUGGUGGGUUUCAGUAAAGGCUGCGUGGUGCUGAACCAGAUGGUGUACGAGCUAGCGGGGGCACGAGCGGACCCUCAGAUGUCCCACUUUGUGAAAUGCAUCUCGGACAUGUACUGGUUAGAUGGUGGGCACCCGGGGGGCAGCGAGACCUGGGUGACGGACAAGCAGGUGCUGAAGGAACUUGCUUCCAGCGGCGUGUCUGUUCACGCCCAUGUGACCCCGUAUGAGGUCUGUGACCCCAUGCGGGCCUGGGUCGGCCGUGAGCACGGACACUUCAUCAAGACCCUAGAGGAGUUUGGGGCCUGUCCCAGCAACAAGUUGCACUUUGAGGAUGAGCCUGCUUCUAUCGAGAACCACUUCAGGGUCAUCCAGGAGUUUUAAGUUUGGGUUAUAGUGACACGACAUACGGGUCAGACUUGGCGCUUAGAUUAUUUAUUUAAAAAUAGAGCCGUAUGCAUAGAUAAGGGAGGGGCUUUGAGCACACACCAGACUCUACAGUUGGUUAUUUAUCAGAGGUGAAACAUGGUGGAUAAAGGAUGACCACAUCCUUAGUCUGUCUUUGGUUGUUUGGUCACCUCAAAUGCUGCAUAGCUAUAGACUAGUUGUGAUGAAAACAUGGAGGAUUCAUGUCUCAGUUGGAAAUCAUCUUUUGAAGAAGCCAGGGUUUAUAGCUACAAGUGAUCUAUUUUAGUUCUUGCUGAUGAAUAUAUAUACAUACGUUUGGCUGAAGCAGAGCAGCUUCUAUUCUUUCUUCUCGGUAGUUCUGCCAGGUUCAACUGGACUCGUUUUUCUCUUUUGAAAACAUUUUGUCUUUCAUCCAGAAGACGUCUUCAAUUCUAAUUGCUGGUGGGGGAAAGUGGACUUGUAAACCUCAAGGGAGAGUGGUCUGUGGAGGUGGUUUUUCCAUAUGUUAAUGACUUUAAGUGUUUGUUUUCAAAAUCAAAUCAGAUUUUAUUUAUAUAGUGCCAAAUUAUAACAAAAGUUAUCUCAUGACACUUUACAUAUAGAGCCGGUUGGAACCAGACUCUGAAGCCAGUUUACAGAAACCCAACAGAAUC